GACUCGCCAGCAUCUACACUGCAACGUAAUGCACAACAAAUCUAUCGUCCAACUGGUCCAAAUAUGUCUCGAAAACAGCGUAUCAAAGAAUACAUGAAGCACGAAACAGCAAAAUUCUUCGGGGUAGACAAUUUAAACGAGGACUACGAGCGGCUCAAGUGGGAAGACCGUCAGAAACGUUUUGCUUUUCGACGGUUCGGUCAGUUGAAAGAUGAGUAUGACUUUGCUUAUCGCAACGGAAAUGCGAACAACCAUGCGGUGGAAGAAAAUGCGGUUCCAGUCGACAGACCCGAUAUACUGCCAGCUCAAAGCCAAGACGAGCGUGACACAGAGCAAAGUCGACGGCAACGAGCGAACCCCCACCACUCAUACGACAACAGCUCGGAUACAUACAUGAUCAAAGCUGAACGGAAGCCCUCGGUCCCAACUGUUAUCUGGAAUGGUGUGUCUUUUGUUGUUCAGAGUAUCACUAGAAAAAGGUUCCGUAAACAGAAACAGUGGUCACGCAGCUUUGCCCCGGCCCACGUCGAGCUUACCAACGAUGAUAAUGAGCUAUGCGAUGGACUACAGCCAAUUCAAGAUGAAGAAGCAUUCUUUGAUACACCGGUGGCUCCGCCCACUCAACGAGUCAUCCCAGGACAAGUUGUAGACAACUCUCGUCAGCUGUUCGUAUCGGAGAACGAUCGGGGACUGGGCGGUACAGCCGGUAGUGGUAUCAUCAACGGAUGGCGUACGAGGUCUUCCGAACUUCAUCUGCAGGCUCGGGAUGGUGCCAGUGGUACUCUUGGACAACGAAUAUCUUCACACAUCCUGGACGGAGUGCUCGAUAACUCAAUGAGGCCAAUAGGACAUAAAAUUAAACUACUUAGACCGAAUGUCUUGGACGAUCGUUAUGAUUACAGACCAUUUUUUACGUACUGGAUCAAUACGGUACAGGUUCUGGUACUUGUUAUAUCGUUAAUCUGCUAUGGCUUCGGGCCGAUUGGAGUUGGUAUGGAGUACAAGACGGCUCAGGUGCUGGUAACUAGUCUGAGCUUACAACAGGUUCAUCACCAAGAAACCCGCAACGUGUGGAUAGGAUUUAAAAGCAUCGACAUUGUUCAUCUGGGCGCUAAAUAUGGAGCGUGUAUGCGUCGAGACUCUCGAAUAUCGGAAGUUAUUGUGAAAACCAGAAAACAAGAGCGAGAGACGGCCUGUUGCAUUCGUAACGAUGACUCGGGAUGUGUGCAAAGUUCACAAGCCGAUUGUUCGAUGCGUGGACUUUGGCCAACCAAAACGAUCGCCACCUGGAAGAAGUGGUCUCCUGGUGAGUCCGGUCCCGGUGGACGUAUUUCUGGUAGUGUUUGCGGUCUUGAUCCGAAGUACUGCGAUGCUCCAGCUUCGAUUGCGCCGCACGAAUGGCCGGAUGAUAUUACAAAGUGGCCAAUUUGUCGCAAGAAUAAUCAAUUAUCGCAACGGUUCCGUUUCAAGGAUCAUACCGCUGAGCACAUGAUUUGCGAAGUGAUUGGUCAUCCGUGCUGUAUUGGCAUCUACGGAGAGUGUCGCAUCACUACCAGGGAAUAUUGUGAUUUCGUUAACGGGUACUUCCACGAAGAGGCAUCGCUUUGUUCACAGGUGUCCUGUUUGAACGACGUUUGCGGAAUGUUUCCGUUCAUCGCCAGCAACUAUCCGGAUCAGUUUUACCGUCUCUUCACGUCGCUUUGUCUACACGCAGGCAUAAUACAUCUAGCAAUCACAGUUGCCUUUCAGCACUUGCUGAUGUCGGAUCUAGAGCGGCUUAUUGGACCAUUGAGGAUGGCUAUCCUCUACAUUGGAUCAGGAAUCGCAGGAAACCUGACGAGUGCCAUCUUUGUACCAUACAAAGCUGAAGUCGGUCCACUGCCAUCGCUGGCUGGAGUCCUCUCAUCGCUAAUGGUUCAGCUUGUACUGUGCCACUGGAAAUGCUUAAAGAAACCGCACGUAGCUAUGAUAAAAUUACUAGUUAUCGGGUGUACAUUAUUCGGGUUAGGAACACUGCCCUGGCAGCAAAACUUUACCGGACUGAUAGCCGGUUUGCUCUUCGGCAUCGGACUGACGUUUGCCUUUGUGCCCUUCGUGAACGUAACGAAGCACAGUAGGAAGAGUAAAGUCAAUCUUAUAUGGACAUGCAUGGUGAUACAGUUUAUCGUCUACGCCGUAAUGUUCAUAAUUUUCUAUGUCUUUCCAAUGUUGUUUUCUUCGCUGAAUUUCAUCGAUGGGAAUCAACUGUCUGACCACAAUUCGGCGCAUAGCUACCACGACCAUUACAACUUGUACGAAGGCUACCAAAACUACAACCCCGGCAGUGGAAAUGGGCACAGCCAUGGCCACGGUAGCGGAGGUGGCAUCAUAAACGGCGGAAAUCAUAUUGUCACAACGUAUAAUGUGAACAACAACUACAAGUCGCCAACUGGACAUGGCGGCGGAAUCUUGCACAAUCAUCACGAGUACGGCGGAGGAGGUGGAGGCGGAAUCAGCAUGUCCGGUGGUAUCAAUAGGAUUAGUAGUAACAACAAUAAUAAGAAUAACAAUCUGCUGAAAGGUAUGAGCAUGUGUGAAAAAGGACAGUGUGUCCAACGUCAGCCACGUAGUGCUGACACGAAUGCAUGACGUCGAUGUUUCCUGCUGUUCACGUCGCUGGAGUUACUUUACGUCUUGUUUGUCCUGCUGGCCCUGUACGACGUCGAUGAUUUCCAGAUCAUUUAUCAGUUUAUCAUGUGAUACAACCAACAUAGUGACAAAGUAAUUUAAAUUUUUAUAUCGCUCUUUCCAUCGAAAAUGUGAUCACGAACCGUAUCUUAGUUGAAACACUUAGUUCAAACAUUCUAUUGAAAACGUAUAUAUAUAUAUUAUAUUCGUAUCUCUCUACACUUAAAGUAAACGAUCAAAAUCAAAAAAAUGAGAAUAAAACGAUAUGAUAUAUAGCACACCCAGUUAUGUUUACGUUCUGUUAUCAUUAAGUCACCCGUUUCCUCUAACUUUACUCGAGAGUUACAUUGAAUAUAUAUAGUAAAUUAACAUAGAAUCAAGCAAGCAGAAACAUGCAAACGCAAGCGAAGUAUGUGGGUUAAAAUAACCAAUUCAUAGAAUUGCCCUCAGUUAGUUCGAAUAGCUAUCCCUCUAUGAUAUUAUUAGAAAUAUUGUAUGAAUUUCAAGCUGACAAAACAGGAAAUAAAGCAAAACGAAAGAGUAAAUUUGAUUUGUAAAGUUGUAACAAAAAAGACACAAAAGAGUCAUGGAUGAAGUGUAAGCAAAUUCUAAUAAAACCUCUAUUUCAAUUUA